ACCACGCGCCAUAUGUUUAACACAUGGGAACAUUUCGAAUACUGCUGGGUCUUGAGGGGCGAGGUAUGAGGGAAAAUGGCAAAUAUGGGGUUCAUUGAAAACAUGAUCCGAUUACCAAUACCAUACACGUUCCUCUGUUCCUCUUAACCAAACCGUUUAUUAAUUAAUAGAGGGGAACAAAAGGAAAGAGAAUUAUUACGAACAUUAAAUUUUUUAUGGUUAAUAUUAAUUAAAAUAAAGUCAGAGCCCAAAAGAAAAUGAAAUGUACCCAACACGGCCGAAUACCCGAAAGCGAAAAAAAACAUUGCGUUAUGAUCAUGUUUAUUCUCAUUAUGGUACUUGACAGUACCAUCCUAGAAAUAUCCUGGAAAUUUCGACAUAUAUAUAGAAUUAUUUAUAUGGCCGCAAUACUUGACAUUAAAACAAAUGCCGUAAAAAUUAAUAUGUUCUUAUACCAUAAGAUGCCGUAAAAUAAUAUUAAUUCCGACCAAUUUGCUUAUGACGUCCGAACCAGUUACGUUAAAUUAAUUACAAUAAAUAUAUCACACUAUCUGAGUACUGCAUAAUUAGAUGUAUCACGUUGACGUAUUAUUAUUACAAGAUUUUAAAACUGUUGCGCCCCCUUUUUCAGCAUAAGUUCAAAUACGGACCAUAACGCUUCUAAAACGUAUAUUAAAUAAUAAACCAAAUAAAGAAUUUAUGACGCCAAUGCCUCACACAAGACAAAGAUAAAGCACUUGAAAUAAAAUUUGGGAAAUAAAUUUCGGUUUGAAACUGCACUUGCGAUUCUGAGAGAUGUAAAUGAUUCCUGGCAUGUUGCUUUUGACAAGAUAUAUCAGGUGUAUAUUUCACCGGGGAUAUUCAUACAAAUGGAUUUAUCAAGUGUAGUUUCUGUUUUAGGUUACUCGGUCCAGUUGCAUGAAUUAAAUUAUACAAUCUGCAACUGGUUACUUAAACAAAGUCACAGUCCCACUCAAAGUAUAUUUUCCCGUAUUAAUGCAGGUUUCAAGCAUUAUUAUUACUAUUAUAAAUUAAUUGUCCAGAGCAGUGAGUAAAAAGAUAAAUAGGGAAGCGGUUUAUUACUGUGCCAACCGUCAGCCAUUAAAAUACUGCUAAUAAUAAUAAUAAUAAGGUAAUGCAAUAAUUCUGCUAAUAAUAAUUGAUACUUUAUUGAAAUUCUCUUUUCCCCCAGCUUGCACUCUGUAGGUGAGAGCUGGGGGAAACGUAAAGAGAAUUUCAAUAAAGCAACGAUUAUUAUAUUACCUUAUUAGCAGCACACGAGUAAGCCAGCUACGAAGCGCAGCCACCCAUUACAGGGUCCAGGGAGCUACGGAUGAAAAGGGCUUUGCUCAAGGACCUGCAGAUGUGCAGAGGCAGCGCUCGAACCGGCGACAUUCUAUUUACAAGCACAGAGCCAUAGCCCACUAAGCCACACGCUACCCCGCACGAAUAAAUAUUUUAUACACAUUAAAUAAAAUAAUAAUUCACGUAUGUAUGGCAUCAUUCCUCCGUCCUAAAACAUCCAUCAAUCCGUCUUCCAUACCUAGGAGCAUACCUAGAAAGUCUCGGCCCCCUGACAAAAUGUCACCUGCCCCCCGCCUAAUUUUACAGAUAACCUUGCGCAUUCAGAGGCCCCUCUGAAAGUGCUGGACCCCCUGAAUCUGCCUGGGUAUCCAUGCCCCUCCGACUCCCCUGUCCAUACCACGACACGAAGGAAGAACACGACGCAUAGCAUGGGAUCACCCUGAAUGGGAUGCCCGUCCCUCGCAUGCAAGGCACGCGCUCGCAAAUUAUCACUAGAUAAUAGAAACAGUUAGAUUCAGCUACUCGUAUUGUUUUUUUUAACUGCGAGAGGAAACCAAAGUAUUCAGAGGAAGCUCAUACGGACACGAAUGAACGUUACCAAUUAUUAUCAUUAAAAUAAAAAUAUAUAUGCAAAUAAAUGUUCAAAUAAUAAAGCGGUUUAUCAAAUUUUCGAUAAGGAAUUCUGCUCCUCAGAUUAUAUUUAUACCCGUAAAAAUGUAUAUCUGUGUAUUAAACAACAUGUAAAAUUACAUAAAAGUAAUAUUAGUGUUGUGCAAAUAGUAUGUGGCCACACUUCUGUAUUUUAUUCGUUGAAGGAAACGAUGCCAGAGCAAAGCUUUAGUGGACAUAAAAGACUGGCAGCCAGUCUAGUUAAACCAGUGUCAAAUCGGUUUUAAGAUGAAAUAAGGCGUAUAAUUAAAACAAAGAUAAUAAAUAAAAAAUACAUUUUUAAAUGAAAAGUCCUUCAGAAGACUGGCACUAAGGCAAAAUAAGGUUAGUUUAAUGUGGUGGUACUGUAUCACUUGGAUUACAAUUCCCCCCCAGCACCCAUGCCCCGCCCUCCUCCGAUCCAAUGGACUCAAAAAAAAGUAAAGUCGAUGGACUGUUUCCCUCAAGUGAGUUCGGGGAAGUGUUGAGGGGCGGAUAGUUUGAUUUUUCCUCUCAUCGUGCCUAGCCAAUAACGUGAAGGGAGCUGUUGUGCACAUCUCAGCUGGCAGACAUUUUAAAAGGAGACAGUCCGGCGCUGUUGCAAUUUGUACCAAAAUCCAGUCUCCCUUUCUAUGGAAUCGUUAGUAACUGCAAUCUCUCAGCAGCGUGCGCCCCCACUCCACAACGGUCAACGCGUUUAGCCCGUUCCUGCCUGAGGAUUCUUUCAAUAAAGAACUACUUCCUACGUACAUUUGAUUUCCCUCUGAUCAAUUCAUUGACAGGAUGAACAGAACUGCGCGCGCGUUCUGUGCUUUGGCAUUCGUUACGGGGCUGCUUUCCUGCCAGGCAGACGGCAAGGGGAAUCGUGGAUCCCAGGGCGCCAUCCCUCAUCCAGAAAAAAACAACCCCAACGAAUCGGAGCAUCAGCCGCAGUCACCGCAACCGGGUACCGGGUCCCGGGGCAGAGGAAGGGGGUCUGCCGUGCCUGCAGAGGAAGUUUUGGAGUCAAGUCAAGAAGCCUUGCAUGUCACCGAGCGUCGCUACCUGAAACGGGACUGGUGCAAGACCCAGCCGCUAAAGCAGACUAUCCACGAGGAAGGGUGCGUCAGUCGCACUAUCAUUAACAGGUUCUGCUAUGGGCAAUGCAACUCCUUUUACAUACCCAGGCACGUUCGCAGAGAAGAAGGCGCCUUCCAAUCUUGCUCCUUCUGCAAGCCUAAAAGGUUUACCACCAUGACUUUCACUCUGAACUGUCCGGACCAACAACCCCCCACCAAAAAGAGACGCGUUCAGCGCGUAAAGCAGUGCCGGUGUAUUUCAAUUGACCUGGACUAGAUCCGUGUCCUAAUGGUAUUCCUUCGAUUUGUUUCCGUUUUAUCUACGAAGGGAAAUGCUCACCUAUGGCGCAUCACCGCAUGGCAAUUAAAGGGAUUCGUUUCCCACCAGCAGAAUUGCGGCAAAUCGUCACACCCACAAAGGAUAGAGGGAAAUGUCAUUUGGUGUGAAGUCAGUGCAUUAUUAGCAAGGAAAUCAAAACCCGAUUUUUAGUCACACACGCAGCCUACAAUCAAAGCCACACUAUACACGUUUCGUUCACAGCGCCAUUCACUGACAUUACCGACAGUUCAGUAGGCAUAGCAAAAGUUGUGGAAUUUUCACACUGCAAACCGCUGUUUGACCUAUUGCCAUAUUCACCGUUGUGUGCGCCAUCCGCUAAAAGAUUGCAGAACUUGGCCUGCUCAUUUGAACACAGUAAGCCUGAAAUCCGAUGGAGGAGAUCUAGUCAUAUUCAGUAUUUUAAAAAGCAUUUAUGGACAGCAACAACAACCGUCUGGACACCAUCAAGGCGGGUAUGCUUUAUAGCCUAACCAUUUCCACCUGAGUAGUCUAUUAUGCAUUUUGUGGGAGUUUAAAUAUUGACUGAGCACCAAAUAGUUUCCACUAUGUGGAAUGAGAAAGAGAAAUGAUAAUAUUUAAUGUAAUUAUGACAAGUUUGUAUCAAUAAUAUGAAUGUUACUUGGACUCUAGUGAAUCUCUCUUGGUCUGCACUGUUUAUGUCAGUUCAUGUAAUUUAGGGAAGAAAAAGCUGUUUGUCGAAAUGUAAUUGGACCCACCCAGAACUAUUAAACAAUUGUACAAGGUCAAAUGUACAUAAUUGUGUAAUAAUGAUAAUCUCUUAGCUGCCUGACUCCUUGAAAACUGUAAAGUGGUCGUAUAUAGUACUGCAAGGUAACACCUGUUAUCCUAAAUGUAAUUUCAUUUCAUAUAAUUACUGUUACAUAAAUUGCAGCAGGAUUACUGCUUUUCCGAGAGCAAAUUAAAUGUUUUGGAAAACAACAA